UGUGAGGCUCACUGGGAACAAAUAGCCCUGAGAUCCCCAGGCUUCUGAGUCCAGCUGCUAACUGCUCAUUGUUUGCUAAAGCUGAACUCAAAGCAACAUCAACCAUGAGACUGUUCCUGUCUGUCCUGCUGGUCACUCUGGCCCUUUGCUGCUAUGAGGCAAAUGCAAAAGUCUGUCCAGCUAGGAUGGCUGAACUUAGAAGCUUCUAUUUGGAUACUGAAGAGAUGUACAAUCUUCUUCUUCUGAUGUUUGCUCCACCUAGAGAAGCUGCCGAGGCCAUGGUAAAAGUGAAGAAAUGCGUAGGUCAUAUGUCCCUAGAAGACAGAAAGAGAGCUUACAAUACUCUGAAUGAUGUGAAGAACAUGUGUGACCAGUAGAUAUUAAAAAUCUUACACAUGAGAGCCUCUGUCAUUUAAGGAUGGCCUAAUCACCCCCAGAAAAUGUGAAGGUUUCAACAACUUACUUCAAUAAAGUACUUGC